AGAAAAAAGAAGAGUUAGAACUUGAAAAUGAGGAUAUCCAGAUAAUUGAUAACAAUAGGGUUAAUGGUUGUGCCUUCCUUGAGUUAAAUGUAGAUAAGCUUAUGCAAGAUGGAUUAAAAAGAGGACCAGCUGAAAACAUUGCGCAACUGAUUAAGGAUAUUAAGAGGGGAGAAGAGCAGGGCAAGUACCAUGAUUGUCAUCAACAAGAACACGAAAUUGAGGAUUCCUUUUAUUUUUUGACUCUCAACAUGCUCAAGACUAAACCUGAAUUCAUUCCAUCCCGCUUGGAGUUAUUGAAUUACCUUCAACAACCAUUUGCCAAGCCAAUUGAG